AUGAUCUCAACGGCUGUGGUCCUCUCGUCGCUGCUGCUCGCUCCCUUUGUGCAUGCCGCAGAUGGAGUUCAUCGUAUGAAGCUUAACAAGAUGCCCAGAACCGCCCCAGGUUCGGCUGAGGAGGCGGCGCUGCUCGCACACAAGUAUGGCGGUCAAGUCCCUCUCGCAGGCGUCGGUGGGCUCGGUCGCAAGCUGGCAAAUCCUCCCACCGCUGGUGAUGACCAGAUGUUCUGGACGCAGGACAUCGUCGCCAACGGCGGUCACGGUGUUCCUCUUAACAAUUACAUGAACGCUCAGUAUUAUGCUGACAUUACUAUCGGAACUCCCCCUCAAACUUUCAAGGUUGUUCUCGAUACUGGUUCAAGCAACCUUUGGGUGCCAAGCACGUCGUGCACGUCGAUCGCUUGCUUCCUGCACACCAAGUAUGAUUCGUCUGCAUCUUCAACAUACAAGGCAAACGGUACUGAAUUUGCCAUUCGCUAUGGCUCCGGCUCGCUCGAGGGCUUUGUCUCGCAAGAUACCAUGACUCUUGGGGACCUCACCAUUAAGAAGCAAGACUUCGCAGAAGCGACCAAGGAGCCAGGCCUUGCAUUCGCCUUUGGAAAGUUUGAUGGCAUUCUCGGGCUUGCCUAUGACACUAUCUCCGUCAACCAUAUUACACCUCCCUUCUACAAUGCCAUUGACCAGGGCUUGCUCAAGGAGAAGGUGUUCACGUUCCGCGUCGGCGCCUCUGAGGCAGAUGGAGGAGAGGCCGUUUUCGGUGGCAUCGACUCGAGCCAUUACACGGGUAAGAUUACCUAUGUCCCCGUCAGACGCAAGGGCUAUUGGGAGGUGGAGCUUGAGAGCGUUGCCUUUGGUGACGAUGAGCUCGAGUUGGAGAACACUGGUGCUGCGAUUGACACCGGAACCUCGUUGAUCGUCAUGCCCACCACCAUUGCAGAGAUGCUUAACUCUGAGAUUGGUGCCACUCGCUCGUGGAACGGCCAAUACACGCUCCCUUGCGACAAGGUCCCAGGCCUCCCCGAUUUCACCUUUGUCUUUGGCGGCAAGCCAUACCCCAUUGCGAGCACCGACUACGUCCUUAACCUUGGCAAUCAAUGCGUGAGCGCCUUUACCGGAAUGGACAUCAACCUCCCAGGUGGUGAACUCUGGAUCGUUGGUGACGUCUUCCUCCGAAAGUACUUUACGGUCUACGACCUCGGCCGCGACGCCGUCGGAUUCGCCGUCAGUGCAUAA